GACGAAGACGACAAACACGAAGAAGAAGAAGAAGCCCAUAACGAUGAUCAAAUGACAACAGUGCACAACACAGGGCCUACCUUAACUCUUACAUUGGCUAUAGAUGGAUGUGUCCAUGAGCGCCACCUGCCCAGGGCGGUACUGUGGUAGGAUAAUUGUCAACGGAUCAGUGGAAGGAGAUUGUGGUGUGUGUCCUCAUGGUGAGCGGACCAACUCCGACAAAGUAUGUGAGCGGUGCACAGAAUCUCCAGAGCUGUAUGACUGGCUCUAUCUGGGAUUCAUGGCCAUGCUACCACUGGUGUUACACUGGUUCUUCAUAGAGUGGUAUACUGGAAAAAAGAGCUCUAGUGCUCUCCUCCAACACAUCACAGCAAUGUUGGAGUGCACCGUGUCAGCUGUGGUCACCCUACUAGUCAGUGAGCCAGUGGGCAUGCUCAGUAUCCGCUCAUGCCAUGUUAAGAAUUUGUCUGAUUGGUACACCAUGCUAUACAAUCCCAGUCCAGACUAUGUCACCACUUUACACUGCACACAAGAGGCUGUCUACCCACUGUAUACCAUCGUGUUGAUCUAUUAUGCAUUUUGCCUGGUACUAAUGAUGCUGAUGCGCCCCCUUUUGGUGAAGAAGAUAGCUUGUGGCCUUGGGAAGUCGGAUCGCUUCAAGAGUAUUUACGCAGCUCUGUACUUCUUCCCCAUCCUCACUGUGUUACAGGCUGUUGGGGGAGGACUGUUAUACUAUGCGUUCCCCUACAUCAUACUCGUACUGUCCCUGGUAACCCUGGCUGUGUACAUGUCUGCCUCUGAAAUACAGUCUUUCAAGAGCCUUGUGGAAAAGAAGAAGCGUCUCGUUGUUCUAUUCAGCCACUGGUUGCUCCACGCUUAUGGUAUCAUCUCUGUCUCGCGACUGGACAAGCUGGACCAGGACCUGCCACUACUAGCUCUGGUGCCCGGGCCCACGCUGUUCUACCUCGCAACAGCUAAGUUCUCAGAGCCCAGCCGCAUUCUGACUGAAGGGGGCAGCGGGCACUGACCUGGAGCUUUUAACAGACAGCACAUUUCACACAUUGCUGCCACCAGAAGAUAACCAGGCCUCUCCUGAAAACAUAAAUACUCCACAAUAUACGCUUUACCAGUAAAAUACUCUACAAUAUACGCUUUACCAGUAAAAUACUCUGCAAUACACGUUUUACCAGUAAAAUACUCCACAAUGUACGCUUUACCAGUAAAAGGUCUGUAUUCAGUAUUUGGACAAAUCCAAAAGCUACCACCUUGUUUUGUGAUCUUAACUGCUGCGUCCUCUUUGAAGGCUAUUCGGACCUGUGAGCCACCUGACUUGUGAGCCACCGCUCUGCUUCCUGUGUAUUUUAGGUCAGCAUUUAAGAUGUGAGUAGAACUUGUUUGUGUCCAGAAGUGAACGUGAUCAAGCACGCCGUUUCACAUGAAGUUACAGUGAAGUUGUUGUGGGGGACCAGCAGACAAACGUAAAGAGGGCUAGCUCGUUCAUGACAUUCAUACAAGCUGAGUCAUGUGACGCAGUGACCGCAGCGCCGUAACUAGAACUGCUCGCAUGCCGAGGACUGAUGAACCUGUUUUAACUGCUCAGACUUCCAAACAUCUGUAUGAGUUCCCCUAAAUCCUCCCUGUUUUGACAACAGUUUAUUUUUAUUUUUUAUACACCGCAUAACUAGUAAUGCGUUUUGGACAUUUGUAUUUUAUCCGAAUAGCGUGUACUUAUAUAAUUACAUUUAUUAAAUGGGAAUACUCAUUUAAGUACACUUUGUGGUUUUUCCUGAUUUACCUAUUUGUAUCUUUUUGUACUUGAAAUGAAAAAAAAAAGACAAGUUGCAAAAGAAUAAUAACCUCAUGUGAUACAUUUUUGGCUAUAGUGCUCUGUAAAUGGAAAACUGUAUCGUAUCAGGGGAUAAAUAGCACAUCUGAGUUUGUUUCAGAUUGUUCGUUAAGAACUUAACGUGUACAAGAAUGUUCUGGUGGAUGACAGUAUGUACUGCUCAUUAGGCGUUGCCUGAAUUAAAAUGUCUCUAACAUGCAGCUUGUAGGGGAAAUGUAUAGGGCAGGAACCGUUCACCUUGUAACACCAGUGACCCUUUUUCUGUCUUUCUUUUAAUUAAUUUAUUUAUUUUUUUGGACGUGCACCAACAAUUUUUCAUUGAUAACCACAUAUUGCUAGCUGUUUGCAUAUUCAUUACUGGAGCUUGUGCUUGGGGCUGAGGUACUGAGUAGGAUAGGCUUUUUUGUUUUAAUGAUCCUUGAUGUACAUACUUUAUUUGUUCAAGUGUAAAUAUCCAGUGGCGUCCCAAGUGUUUUUGACAUCAGUUGCUCUCGUCAGAAUAUGCAUUGGUUGUUAUCAGUGAGCAUUUACUGCUUUGCAUCCACUGUCUGCACUGAAAAUAAACACAUAAAA